UGUCAAAUCUGUCAAACGGCUUCAAACCGACUUCUUCCGAUUUCGCGGGUUAUCAGUUUGCGUCACAAGUUUUUUACCCAAUUCCGAAAAAUUAAACAAACAAAAAAAAAACCACCCAUGUAGUUUUGUUUUGCUUAUCAUGUGCAUUCAAUGUGUCGUGUUUACAUUUUAUUAUUUUUGUUGUGUUAAUUAACCUAACCUAAAAGAUGGCAAAGGCCCCUAAGAAGCCCCGUAAAAAAGCAACCAACGGGUAUAAAAUGCCAGAUCCACUUCCAGCCGGAGAACUCCUAACAGACAUCGCCAAAAAGCAGUGGAUAUUGGGAUCGUCAAUUGGAAAAGGGGGCUUUGGGGAAAUUUAUUGUGCCAAGGAAGCUUCUUCCAAAGGAUCAAAAUACCCCUAUGUCGUCAAAGUGGAACCCCACGGUAACGGUCCCUUGUUCGUCGAGAUGCACUUUUAUAUGAAGAACGCAAAACAAGCUGAUGUUGAUGCUUUUAUGAAGAAACAUAAGCUGAAAACUUUCGGAAUGCCUGUGUAUUUGGGAUCUGGCUCACAUGAAGCUGGAAGUAUGAAGUAUAGGUUUAUUGUUAUGGAGAAAUUUGGAACUGAUAUUGAUAAGUUAAGGGCGGAAAAUAAGGGGGUGCUUCCACUCAGCACUGUGUUUCAGUUGGCGUGGCAGAUUACGUACGUUUUGGAAUACAUUCAUGAACUCGGUUACGUCCAUGCGGAUAUCAAAGGCGGUAACAUCAUGCUCGGGACUUCCCCUACAACAAAAAAUCAGAUGUAUCUAGUUGAUUUUGGUUUAGCAACAAAAUUUACCACAGAAAAACAAUUCAAGCCUAAUCCUAAAAAGGCCCAUGAUGGUACAAUAGAGUAUCUCAGCCGCGACGCCCAUCAUGGAGUACCCACACGACGAGGUGACUUUGAAAUCUUAGGUUACAAUUUAAUACAGUGGUUGGGUGGACCUUUACCUUGGGAGUCCAAAUUAGACAACCCUAAAGAAGUCCAACAGAAGAAAGAGACUAGCAUGGGUAACAUUCCACAGUUUGUAAAGAGUUGUUUAAAGAAGACUGAAGGAGUACUCGUGAAGUACCUAGAGUACGUCAACAACCUCACAUUUGACGAAAAACCAGACUACAAAAAAAUUCGCUCUUUAUUCGAACAAGAGAUUAAAAAAAACGGAGCCACGGUUAAUGGUCCUCUAGAAUUCCACACUCCAGCUAGAAAGAGAAGAAGUGUAGUACCUGAAACUGACGACCAAAAACUUGAACAAAAUGAAAUGGGAGUGAAGAAACCGGUUAGAAAGCGGGAGAAGAAACAAGACGAAGAAGUCGCACCAGACAUGGAGAUGAAGCCAGUUAAAAAGCGUGAAGUUAAAGAAAAACCGGUCGAAAUUAGCAAUAUGACUGAUGCCAUGAAGGAGGUUUGGGCGCGAAAAAAGGAAAAGGAAGCCGAAAAGAAGAAAAAAACACAAACUAAGAAAGAAAAAGUCAACGGAGUUUUGAGUCCGGUGAACCAGUUUGAGGGUUACAAUGCGGCAAUGAUGGAAAUACACAAUCGACGAAUGAAUAAGCAGAACAAAGAGAGCAAGAGGAGUCCAAAGAAAAUUCUGGACCAAGAAGAGAGGAGACCUAGAAGGAAUUUGCCUGCGGUUAAUUAUGAUGAACGGACCCCCAUGGCAGGCAAACGAAAAUAAAAGGGUACUAUGUUUAAAUUAUUCACUUUGUAAGUGUUUUUUAAUAAAUAUUUUUACAA